UCUGUCUUUACGUCUCUCUUUCUUUUGAUUUUGUACUUUGGAGUGUCAUUUCUGGGAAAGAUGUGAACUUGAGAUUUCGCGUUAUGACCAUGGUUCAUGGGAUAUUUCCUUCCCUGUUGUCUUUCUGAUUGAGAAUUGGGAUUCAGGGCUAAACCCGCGGUGGAAGUUCAUUCUCCAUCUCCACUGUCGCCUGUAAUUAUUUGAGUGUCUACUUGACUCAAGGGACAAGCUACGAUGGAAAAUGGUCCCCCAACUCCCCAAUCUCCCUUCGAGAACCUUGCUGAUGUCGAAAUGGACUUGGAUUUCUUAGAUGAAUUCUUUCUUGAUGGUUGCUGGGUAGAAACAGCUGAUGCCUUCAGCCUCUGCCCUCGGAGUCCGACUUCUGCUGCUCCAAAUGAAGCCCCGAACCCUUCGUUCUCAGAGGAGACACAUACUAGUAAUCCAAAUACCGACUCAUAUCAGAACGUAUUUCAAGACGAAACUAGAGGAAAUGACUCGUCUGGUAUUCCACCUUCAGCCGAUCCCCAAACUGGCGAACUCGUGGAACUUCGCACUCAAGAUGCGUGUUGUGUCAGAAAUGCCACAUCUCUGGGCCAAGUUCAAGGUACCGAAGUGAGUAAAAGAUUGUGGAUUGCGCCGAAGAGCAGUCCGGGUUUAUCUUCAUCUAUAAAGCUGAGACUAAUGCAGGCUAUCAGUCACUUGAGCAAAUCCAUCAAAGACAAAGAUAUGCUUAUCCAGAUAUGGGUGCCGGUUAGGAAAGAAGGCAGGCGGGUGCUUACUACAGAUAACCAGCCCUUUUCGCUGGGUCUCAGCUCAAGAAGCCUCGAGAUAUACAGAAGUGUGUCUAAAUCAUACCAAUUCUCAGCUGAAGAUGAUUCGAAAGACCACCUUGGAUUGCCGGGCCUUGUUUUUCUAGGAAAGCUUCCUGAGUGGACUCCUGAUGUCCGUUUCUUCAGUACCGAAGAAUACCCCCGCAUUAAUUAUGCGCGGAAGUACGAUGUUCGAGGGUCUCUUGCGGUUCCUGUCUUUGAACACGGGAGCGGGACGUGCCUGGGUGUUGUUGAGGUCGUGAUGACGUCUCAAAAGAUCAAUUACCGUCGUGAUCUGGAGAAUGUUUGUAAAGCUUUGGAGGCUGUUGAUCUUAGAAGUACCCAAAGCUUCAACCCCUCUACUGUGAAGGUCGAUGUGUUGUACGAAGCAGUAAUACCACGAAGUCUAGAGGUUUUGAAGUCUGUGAGCAAGACAUACAAUUUGCCACUAGCCUUGACUUGGGCCUCGUGCGUCAAGCAAGGCAAAGAAGGAUGCCGGCAUUCGGACGAGAAUUAUUCUCUCUGCCUCUCCCCCAUGGACUCCGCUUGCUUGGCAGCAGAUCUUGAAAUGCUUGGCUUUCAUGAGGCAUGCUCUGAGCAUCACCUUCUAAAGGGCCAAGGAAUUGUUGGAAAAGCAUUCACAACAGAUAAACCCUGUUUCUCGAAUGAUAUAACUGCCUUUGGCCAUACCGAGUAUCCACUCUCACACCAUGCUAAAUUUUUCGGGUUGCAAUCUGCCUUGGCUAUUCCCGUGAUAAACAUUUACACGGGAUUGGCUGAAUUUGUACUGGAGCUUUUCUUGCCGAAGGAUUUUGGAGACAUGGACCAGGGAAAGCAGACACUGAACUUGCUGUGUGCUGACAUACAUCAAACAUUUCAGAAUUCUCAGUUUAUGACUGAGAAAGAACUUUGUGGGGCAAUCGUUUUGCCUGUUAGAGAGAUAGGAGUUGCCACGGAGAUGGGACUUCAGAAGAAAGAAACCGAGAUAGUGUCCUCUUCUAGGAAACAAACCUCUUCGGAAGAGUCAUCCUGGAUUGCUCACAUGGUGGAGACUCAGACGAAGGGCAAUGAAGUCUCCAUUUCACCAACUUAUGACACGGGAACCAAAGAAGCAUUCAACAUAACGACGGAACAUCAGGAGUUCUGGCACCUUCAGCAGAAUUCUGAGCACAUCACUAGUGUUGAGGGCAGGAGCAAUUCUUUAUCUUUGAGCCGGCACUCAAGAGGUAGUGGAAAAGCUGGUGAGAAGAGACGAACUAAGAUGGAGAAGACUAUUAGCAUGGAUGUCCUCCGUCAAUACUUUGCUGGAAGCCUCAAAGAUGCUGCAGAAAAAAUAGGAGUGUGUCCAACAACUCUCAAAAGGAUAUGUCGGCAGCAUGGAAUAACCCGGUGGCCUUCACGAAAGAUCAAGAAGGUAAAUCAUUCCUUAAAGAAACUUCAGCAUGUAAUUGACUCAGUCCAAGGAGCCGAGGGUACUAUCAAGCUUGGGUCCUUUUAUGCAAGCUUCCCUGAACAAAGUCCCAAGAUCACCGGAUAUGGAUCCAGCUCAUCAAAGCAGAGUGGUCCUCCAAAAGAAACAGAUCAUCAGCCUGAUAUUAACAUAGAUAGUUCUGCUGCCACUACUUCGAAAUCUCCGUCCACGUCAUGCAGUCAGAGCUCCACUUCUUGCUCCAGCGGAGAAAUUAUGCAUUCUACCACCAUUGUAGCCUCAAGCGCUAGAGAUGGUCAAAUGAUUGAAGACCCUUUAAACCUUCUAAAGAGCACUGGCAGUCAUCCAGAAUUACAUGUUCCACCAACAAAUGAACCCAAGAUUCCCGUGACACCCCACAGCCACAAAUCAUUUGGCCAGCAUCCCUUACCAAACUUUCAGGGGCAGCAUCUUCAGGAUGGGCUAAUUUUCAAAGUGAAAGCCACAUUUGGGGAAGAAAAAAUCCGGUUGGCCUUGCAACCAACAUGGGGUUUUGCAGAUCUGCGACAAGAGAUUGCAAAGCGUUUCAGGAUAGAUGAUGUUGGUGAAAUCGACCUAAAAUAUUUGGAUGACGACACGGAAUGGGUUCUUUUGACAUGUGAUGCUGACCUCGAAGAGUGCAUGGAUGUUUAUAGAGCAUCCGAAGGCCACACCAUCCGUAUAUCCGUCCAUCCGGUUUCCCAUUCACACAAAAAUUCAUUUGAAAGCAGUGGGAACACUGGCCACCACAAGCAUUUUCUAUGAGAUGAGGUUUCCAUGUAUUUCUUCCACAAGAUCGCAUUGACUUUCAAAAAUCUGGGCAUGCCACUCAAUGUACAGUGCAAGCAGAUAGAACAAUUAUAAGAACAAGUAUGUUCUCUCUUC